UGUUUGACCUCAAAAGCGAUAGUUACAUUACAGCAUACAUACUCGGAGAGAGAGAGAGAGAGAGAGAGACAGAGAGGAACACGGAGGUUGAUUUUUUCAGUUUCUCACUUUCUUCAUCUUCAUUCAUGCUCUGUUUUCUCCGAUCUUCAAUCUCAUUUUCCGACUCGAAAUUUUGAUUUUCUAAGUUGAAUUUUGGCGAGGAAGUUGCAGUCUUUUCUCGGACAGAUUUGAUUGGCGAUGAAACAGAAAAUUGUUGAGUGAAAUAAGGUUAAUUUUUUGAUCGAGCAAAGAGAAAAAAACAGAGAUGAGAAGCGCGAACAACAACGCUCUGGAUACGAUAACCGCCGCUGCGACUGCGAUCGCGUCAGCUGAGAAUCGUGUGCCUCAAGCUUCGGUUCAGAAAAGAAGAUGGGGAAGCUUCUGGAACAUAUACUGGUGUUUUGGAUCUCACAGACAGAGCAAGCGGAUUGGACAUGCUGUUCUUGUUCCUGAAACAACUGCUCCUGGAACAGACGUUCCCACAACUGAAAAUUCAACCCAAGCACCUACAAUACCUCCUUUUGUUGCACCUCCCUCCUCCCCUGCAUCUUUCCUUCAGUCAGAGCCGCCUUCUUGUACACAGUCACCAGCUGGCACCUCUAUAUCUGCCAGCAUGUACUCUCCUGGGCCUUCCUUUAUCUUCGCUAUUGGACCUUAUGCCCACGAGACUCAGUUAGUCUCACCCCCAGUCUUCUCCACCUUUCCCACUGAACCAUCCACUGCUCCUUUUACUCCUCCUCCUGAGUCUGUCCAAUUGACUACACCUUCCUCACCUGAAGUGCCAUUUGCUCGGCUUCUUGACCCCAAUUACCAAAACGGUGAAGCUGGUCAGAGAUUCCCUCUGUCCCAAUAUGAAUUUCAUUCUUAUCAACUUUAUCCCGGAAGCCCUGUCGGCCACUUGAUCUCCCCCAAUUCAGGUAUCUCCAGUUCAGGCACCUCAUCUCCUUUUCCAGAUUGCGAGUUUACUCCUGGUGGUCAUCAGUUCAGAAUUGGGAAUCCUCCCAAUCUUUUGAACCUUGACAAGCUGUCUGCUCAUGAAUGGGGAUCACGGCAAAGAUCUGGUUCGUUGACCCCUGAUGCUGUGGCACCUAGAUUUCGUGACAGGUUUCUUCUGAAUCGUCAAAAUUCUGACAUUGCACCACUCACAAAUUCAUUCAAUGGAUGCCGAAAUGGUGAAGCUGUAGUUGAUCAUAGAGUAUCUUUUGAGAUCACAGCUGAAGGUGUUGGCAGAUGCAUAUCAAAGGAGCCAUCCUUGACCAAGCUUGUAUCUCCAUCUCUAGAGAAUGCAGAAAUUGCUGCUGAAAAGAAUGAAAAUUCAACUGAGGUGGCCAAUAGUCAGGAGGGCCACGUUGAUGCAAUAUCUGAUGACCCGUCAGAGAAAGCUUCUGCAGAUGGAGAGGAUGGGCAGCAGCCUCAGAAACAUCGGUCCAUUACUCUUGGUUCUGUUAAGGAAUUCAAUUUUGACAACACAGAUGGAGGACACUCCGAUAAGCCUAUUGGCCCCGACUGGUGGGCCAACGAGAAGGUACUUGAGGAGGGUGGGCCUUCUAAUAACUGGUCCUUCUUUCCUGUAAUGCAGCCGGGUGUGAGCUAACUGGUACCCUUUGGUGCUUGCCUCCUGGGCCAGCCCAAAUGAACCAGUGAAUUGGUUUUGAUGGUUUUAACCCCAGCUGGUAUGAUGUUUCUUGACAAGCUUUAAGGCAAAAUUGUGGAGAUGUUUUGCAGGAAUGACUAAUACAAGCAAGCUGUUUCUGAUCACUUUGUCACCUGGAAAAAGUGAUCGGGAAUGUUUUUGUUAGGAUUAGUAUGCCAUAGUAGAUUUAUAAACUAACAACGGUCUUGAAUAUUUGUCUUUCGUUGUCCCCUUCUUUUUUGUUUUUUGUAUGUAAUAUAGACUAUAGAUUUUGAACAGAGGCGACAAUGAUACCGCUGAUGAUAACAUUGAUGAUGAUGAUUUUAGUUUUUAGAUGAUCUUUAUGAAAUUGAAUAAUACCAUUGUUAAAAUUCACCAAUCA